UGAAACAGAGGUUCCUAAUCCUGGCAAAGUUAAAAAGCCUCGGUUCAACAGAGAUAUUUAUACGGUUCUUUAACUCUAAACCCUCAAAAUGGGUCGGUGCCACCCAACACAAGGCGUCGCACAGGUAUCAGCUAAUAUGGCCGCGGGGUGGCGCUUCUUCCGUACUGGAUUACAGUGUGCGUGCAACCCCCAAAUCAUUCCCCCUCGAGAAACAGCAGAUUCACUGUUAGUGGCUGUGUUCGCAAUGUCGGGCAGAAAGCCCCGGUCUGUGGCAAACCCUCUGGAGUCUGCGAUCAUUACACCGAGUGAGAGGAUACUGAAAGAAUGUCACAGUCUGUACGUCGACAGCGAAAACGGCCUGGUGAAGAUUGCCAGCAGCCUUGGAGUCCGGCUCCUUCCUCCGAGAAAGAAAAUUAUUGUGAUGAUAAUGGGUAACCACUCAGCAGGAAAAAGCUCCUUCAUUAACUGGUAUGUUGAAGAGCACAUUCAGAAAACAGGCGUGGCCAUUGAAACUCAGGGGUUUACCUUCAUCACAAGUGGUCGCAAGAGAGAGUCACUGACGGGGAAUGCAACGCUACAUCUAUAUCCUCACUUUCGACCACUCCUUGAAUUUAAAGGUGUUAUGGACUACCUUUCUGCUGAGAUCUCCACCUCAAAGCAGAAGAAAUUCAACCUGGUGACAUUUGUGGACACUCCAGGUUUGGUGGACGGUGACAUGAUCUACCCCUUUGAUGUCAAUAGCGCCAUCACCUGGUUGGGGGAACAGGCAGACUUGAUAUUUGUGUUCUUUGACCCAAUGGGCCAAGCACUGUGCAAACGCACUCUCAACAUAGUGGAGAAGUUGAGUGAAAAAUGUGGCGACAAACUGUUGUUUUACCUCAGCAAGGCUGAUGAAGCUGGGAAGGAGACAGACAGACAGAGAGUAAUGAUGCAGAUUGUCCAAGAACUGUGCCGCCGUCCAGGUCUGAACAAAUGUGGUUUCGAAAUGCCAACAAUCUACAUCCCCAACCCACAAAAGCCGAGCAGGUGUGUGAACCAGAUCGACGGCGUUUGUCAGACCAUUGAGAAGACCAUCAACCAGGCUGUUCAGAAAACUUUGGAUCAGCUGGAGAAAGACUGUGAUCUCAUUUGUUCCACCAUCAGUAGCAGACUGGAACAGGACAGGACUGAUGUGUCCUACAACAAAAGUGUCCGCCUUCACUCAUUCCUGUGUGGGGUUCUGGGCAUUUUCCUACCUUUCCUCUUCAUCCUCAGUUUCAUUGUGAACACUUUUUCUAAAGAGCAGCUGGAUGAGCUGUUCGGUGAAGGGCCGACUCGUACAGUCACAGUUUUCGCAGGAAUAGUUAUGUAUUUAUGGGACUGGAUACCAGAUGAUGGUCAAGUGGUGUUUGUGAUAAUUUUUGGGGCUUCUUGCUAUUUCCUCCUUUUCCUGUCCAAACAUUAUGCAAGCCGAGGGAAUAAGACACUGACAAAGAAGGAGAAGAGGACAAUGGCAGAAUACAGUGAUUACAUCCAUGAUAUCGUCAAAACUAAGAAGGCAAAAUUGUAUGAAUGGUACCUGCAGCAGUGCGCAGCAGAAUAUGACCUCUGACCCUAAGUAAGCUGAAGACUGUCUGCUUUCUGAUGUCGGCAUAUUACUACAUGGUUUUUAUAAAAAGCCGGUCAUCUGUCAGAAUGUAUCCGUUGGCAUUUAUAAUGGAAUCAGCAGGACUUUUUAGGCAAUCGUCCACUGAAUGAUCUGAUUUUCUUCCUCUCAGUCACCGCUGUAACCUCCAGUGAAGCAGAGAUCACUGCCAAGUUUUAUCAUCUCAACAGCUGAUUUAAAAAGUGCCUUAUUUAAUGAGCACAGGAAAAGCUGUGAUUGUAGCUGUUUGAUCAAAUUAAAACUCAUGACUUGUUUCCCAGCGUUUGUUGUAAAAAAGUACUAGAAAGACGUCUUUUCUCUUUUAAACUCUGCUUUUACCAGCAAAUAUAUUUUUGUGAUGUCUGUUCUCAUGUGGACACUGUCCAAAAACCUCACUGCUCCAUCCUGACUAACAUGUGACCUGAGUGGGUUUUCUUGCUGUAUGUCACCCUCAUAUUCGCAAUAACCAGUGCUAGAAUUACACCUGGUUGGGCAUUACAGUUGGAAAUGUAGAGUUCAUAAACCUUAAGACUGCAAAAAACUCCAAAAACUCAGUAAAGUAGGUUUUUGUGUUGGUGAAUCAUCAAAUAUUUUUAUAAAAUUAGAAUAAUUUUCAUACAAAUUGUUUAAUAAAGCUGGUGAGCAGUGACAUCUGAUGUGUACCUCCUAGUUGUUACUUAGCACUGAGCCCUGCAAGUUGUUUACAGAAUAAUUUCACUCUUAACAUCCUGUCAUGCUCUCACUCUAGUGUUUGUGUUCUAUAAAUAUUUUAUUAGUUUUAACAAAUGUUGGUGGGGAUGCUGUUUCUAAAGGAUGCAUUGAUCCACAACACCACAUGAUUAUCAGAGUUGAAAAUUAACUUUUGGUUGCCACAUUAACUACAGAUUCAUGUUUAUUUCAAUUUAUUAAUUGUAUUUUCUGCCAUUUCCUUUUGUUUGAAUUAAAUCAAAGAGGACUUAAAAUCAAGUUCGGCACAGCAGUCGCUGUCAGAUUACCAAACACAAAAUGAUCCCAGUCCAAACCUCAUAAAUCUAUGAGUUUUUUCAUCAAGUGAGUUAACAUUUUUUAUAUUAUUUAAGAUGGCAUGAGGAUAAUUUGUAACUAAUCAGUUAGUGCUGAAUUUCAUACAGCAAUUAGUGAUGCUAAAUGUAUGUUUUCUCUCUCAUACACACACACACACACACACACACACACACACACAUAUAUAUAUAUAUAUAUAUAUAUAUAUACAUAUACACAACACAGACAAUGCUGCAAGAAAGUGUUUGCCCCCUUCCUGAUUUCUCUUUUUUAUUUAUUUAUUUUUUUUGUAAAUGUUUCAGAUCAAACUUUAAAUAAAAGUUAAAGUCAACACAAGUAAACACAAUAUUCAGUUUUUAAAUGAAGGUUUUUAUUAUUAAGGGAGAAAAAAAUCCCUUUGUUUGCCCUCUAAACCUAAUAACUGGUUGGGCCACCUUAACAUGAUGUCUAGCUUCUAAGGAUCUUUUGGUCUACUUCACUUUGUCAGGCAGGUCGUAUUUAAGUAAUUUCUUGUUUGAGAACAGGCGUGGCAGUAAUCAGGCCUGGGUGUGGCUAGAGAAAUUGAACUCAGGUGUGAUAAACCACAGUUUUUCCUCCCUUACUCAUUCAUUCAUCCAUCCAUUAUCACUUAUACCGCUUCGUCCAACAAAGGGUUGCGGGGCAGCUAACCCAGCAUUUUAGCAGGUAAGAGACAGGGUACAUCCAGGAGAGGUCACCAGUCCAUCGCUGGGCCAACACAGAGAGAAACAACCAUUCACGCUCACUCCUAUGGAGAAUUUAGAGUGACCAAUUGACCUAACAUGCAGGUUAAUUGCAUGAGGAAGCUGAAGUACCCAGAAAGAGUAUUACAGGGAGAACAAGCAAACUCCACACAGAACGGCCACUGUUCAAACCUCCCCCCAAGGCUCAAACCAGCAACCUUCUGUAUCAGAUCAUCAAAUUUGUUUGAUGAUCUAAAACAUUUAAGUGUGACAAAAAUGCAAAAAAAUUAGAAAUCAGGAACUUUCUUACACCACAUCAUACCACUAUAUAUAUAUAUAUAUAUAUAUAUAUAUAUAUAUAUAUAUAUAUAUAUAUAUAUAUAUAUUGACCUCGGGGCUUCCAGUCUGUACUCCACACAGAUGUUCCU